AGGGGAGGGCAUUUCUUCAGGUAAGGUCUGGUGUUGGAAGCAAGCAACCAACUCCAACUCCGCCGCACAUUCUUGCCGGUUGCGUCAUUAGUGGAGUGGUCGCAAUCCACCCACGCAUCCUCCGAGUCACUCGAGUGACUAUAGAACGGGCCAACGCACGUCGCCGCCUCCCAAUCCUUUCCCCUCCAGUUUCGCAUCAAGGCGCCAAUGUCGAGGUUCGCGAAAGUAAGGCGGUUGAUACCGCCACUCGCCGUCGCCGGCACGGCGGCCGGUGCCCUCUAUUACGUCUACCGUCCCCGAAACAUCCCCGGAUACGAAGGCCCGGUGGUGCCUCCCCCUAUCUUUGGCGCCGACGGCACCUUCAAGCUGCCCCGCUUUCCCCGCGUGAAGUCGCGCCUCGAGCAGAUCGCCGACCUUAAACGGAGCAGCGGCGGGAACACGGAGGAAGAGUAUGACAUCCUAGUCAUUGGCGCGGGCGCAACAGGCUCGGGGGUCGCCCUCGAUGCCGCAACCCGCGGGCUCAAGGUUGCCGUGGUCGAGCGCGGCGACUUCAGCUGCGGCACCAGCAGCAAGAGCACCAAGCUUGUCCACGGCGGUGUGCGCUACCUCGAAAAGGCUGUCUGGAACCUGGACUACUCCCAGUAUGAGUUGGUGAAGGAGGCCCUGAAGGAGCGCACAUACUUCUUGCAAACGGCACCGCAUCUGAGCAGCUGGCUCCCGAUUAUGCUGCCGCUCGACCGGUGGUGGAAGGUGCCGUACUACUGGGCCGGUACCAAGUUCUACGACUUCCUCGCCGGCAGCGAGGGCAUUGAGAGCUCGUACUUCCUAACCAAGAGCAAGGCCAUCGACGCAUUCCCCAUGGUGAAGCAGACCGAUCUUGUGGGUGCGCUGGUGUACUACGACGGGGCGCACAAUGACUCGAGGAUGAACGUGUCGCUUGCCAUGACAGCGGCGCUGUACGGCGCCACGGUCGUGAAUCACAUGGAGGUUACUGGGCUUAUGAAGGACGAUAAGGGCAAACUCUGCGGGGCCACCGUCAAGGACAACAUUGCCGAGAGAGACGGCAAGCGGGCGGACAACUUCAAUAUCAAGGCCAAGUGCAUCAUCAAUUGCACAGGUCCAUUCACCGACGGCAUCAGGAAGAUGGACGAUCCGAAUGGCAAAGAGAUCGUCGCACCCGCGUCUGGCGUACACAUCAUCCUCCCCGGCUACUACUGCCCCGGCAAGAUGGGUCUGAUAGACCCGGCGACCUCGGACGGAAGGGUUAUCUUCUUCCUACCCUGGCAGGGCAACACGAUCGCCGGCACCACCGACGACCCUGCAGCAGUCUCCAACAACCCGCUCCCGGAUGAGAAAUCGAUCCAGUGGAUCCUCAACGAGGUCAGCCACUACCUCUCCCCAGACAUCAACGUCCGUCGCGGGGACGUCCUCGCCGCCUGGUGCGGCCUGCGCCCGCUCGUCAAAGACCCCAAGGCCAAAAACACCGAGUCGCUCGUCCGCAGCCACCUAGUCGACAUCUCCGAGUCCGGCCUCCUCACCUGCGCCGGCGGCAAGUGGACCACCUACCGGCAGAUGGCCGAGGAGUGCGUCGACGCGGCCGUGCAGGCCUUCGACCUCCAGACCAAGCCGGUCGUCAACGCGCCCCGCGUCAGCGGCACGGAGAACGUGGACGACGGGGCGGACCUGGACGGCUCGUGCCAGACGCACCGGGUGCGGCUCGUCGGCGCGCACGGCUUCAGCCGCACGCUCUUCAUCCACCUGAUCCAGCACUUUGGCGUCGAGACCGAGGUGGCCAAGCACCUGACCGAGAGCUACGGCGACCGCGCCUGGACCGUCGCCGCCCUCUGCCGCCCCACCGACAAGCGCUUCCCCGCCCGCGGCGACCGCAUCUCCCAGCUCUACCCCUUCGUCGACGGCGAGGUCCGCUACGCCGUCCGUCAUGAGUAUGCCCAGACCGCGGUGGAUGUGCUCGCGCGCCGUACCAGGUUGGCGUUUCUGAAUGCCCAGGCCGCGCUGGAGGCCCUGCCGAGGGUUAUUGAUAUCAUGGCGCAGGAGCUGGGGUGGGAUCGGAAGCGGCAGGAUGUCGAGUGGAAGCAGACCGUGACGUUCCUCGAAUCCAUGGGCCUGCCCCAGCCGAUGCUCUCGGUCACCCGCAAGCAGAUCGAGCAGGGCAAGAUCGACUGGAAGUCGUCGCUGGAGUACCGCAUGUACUCGCGGCACGAUAAGCCGCCGGUUGAUGAGGAGGCUUGAGUUUGGGUAGGGUUGGGG